GAUUUAAUUUACUAAUUUUCCCGAUUUUAAAUCAAAUGAACUCAAAGUCAGCAUUCUUAAAAAUAGUUUCCGCCUGAUAUUAAUAAUGUCCGCGUGCAAACGAGUGUGCAAAUACUCCAUCAACUAUAAAUAAAAGGAUCUCACCUUUUGACGGAUAACAUUUGUGGUUUAACGUGAUAUCAGUCACAUGAGCUUGGCUGUUAUCUUAAAGCGAAACUAGGAUCGUCGGUCUUGAUUUUAGAAAAUACAGUUUUAAUAUCAAUCUUUUGUGACCAGCUAUGGCAAAUGUUGUGCGAAACCCGGCGACCCCGUAUGUGGCCCCGAUUCCAGGCGGUGUCCACGACGGAACGGUUAUACAUGUGAAAGGAAUAGCCGAAAGGCACCACAAUGGGUUCCUGAUAGCGCUCCAGUGCAGCUGCAGUAUUGACCCGAGGAGCGAGAGUCCCUUUGUGUUCAACCCAAGGUUCACCGACAACCAGGUGAUCAGGAACUCGCUGAGAGGCGGCUCGUGGGGAGCAGAGGAGCGGCACGGGGGUUUCCCCUUCAACCAGGGGUCGUCCUUCGACGUCGCAAUUCACAUCAAACAACAGCACUAUUCCGUACACGUGGACGGCCGCCAUUUCUGUGACUACAGCCACCGGAUGCCGAAGGAACGCGUGACGCACCUCACGUGUGAGCAAGGCAUCCGCAUCAAGGAGAUCCGGUUUGAGGGAGGUUACCCACAACCGGGUCAUCACGGCCACCACCCUCCCCACCAUGGACACCACCCGCCCCAGCAUGGGUCGGGAAAUAUUGGGGCAGCUUUCGGAAAGUUUGUAGGAGGAGUUCUUAAUGAAAUGGCCCAUGCUGGCCAGAACAAUACUCCCUCCUUCCCUGGGUCGGGACCAAUUUACAACCCGCCUGUUCCGUUUGUCCACCACCUUGGCGGCCUCUACCCGAACAAGAUGAUCGUCAUCAGCGGCAUUCCCCACCCCGGUGCAAGCAGGUUUACAGUGUAUAUCCAACAAGGGAGCCACCACGAGCCGCACGAGAUUGCUAUGUGCGUUGAUGCUCGCUUCUGGUUUAACAACGAGAGCAAUUCUGUCGUGCGUAACCAUAAGCAGGGUGGAUGGGGAUCAGAGGAGAGGACUAUUCCAUUUUUCCCGUUUGCUCAGAAUGCCCCAUUUGAAAUGAUUAUCUUGGUUGAGCACCAUCAGUUUAAGGUUGCUGUGAACAACCAGCAUUUGAUGGAGUUCCGCCAUCGUAUCCAGCCAUUGGGCCGCUUCGACACCCUCCGUAUUGACGGAGACCUUCGCCUGACACAGGUCCGUUUCCAGGGAUAAACAGUUCCUGUUGGUGUGACGUUAACAUCGAUAUAAAUGACUUCAAUCAACGGGUGUGACGUCAUUUUAAAUACAAGAUAAGAAUUUAUGUGAGGACACAUACAAAGACAUUGUUUUCAUAAUAUAUUUGAUGUAUUUUGUUUUCCAUAUAAUCACAUUGAUUGUUUGCACACCUACUGAUUUGACAUAGUAUGAAACCACCAUUACAGAGCUUAGUAUAAGUAAACAACUUGUUUGUUUUGUUUAUGCCUCUUUUGAAAAGUAAUUGGCACUUCGUGUUUAGUUUUAAUUGGAGAUAAUUAUAGUUGUUUGUGUUAAUUUCAUUCUUUAACUGACUUUAUAAUGUUUUGAAUAUGGCAAGAAUUGUAUAAACAACAAAAAAGAGUUUUCAAAACUGUAACUUGUAAGGUAAUUUAUUUGGCUGUAUAUAAACAUAAGUCAUUGCAUGUAUGUGAAAUAUGUCAAACACUGGUUUAUUCCAAAUAAAAGCGUUAUCUAUA